AUGGCUUUGAGUUUCACACACCAACCCACGAUCAAAACCAUUCUCCAAACUCCAUCUUCUUCCUCCAUCCCCUCUUCGCCUCACUCCCUCCCCUUCCAUGAAACCCGAAAAUUACGGCAAUCACUAUCCAUCCGUGCCUCGGCACCGGUGGCUGCUCCGUCCGAGGUUUCCGCAAAGGUGUCUAGGGAGUACACUGUCAAGUCAGUGAAGGCGAGACAGAUCGUUGAUAGUAGAGGGAAUCCGACAGUGGAGGUUGAUCUGGUGACUGAUCAGCUUUACCGAUCGGGUGUACCCAGUGGGGCUUCUACCGGAAUUUACGAGGCUUUGGAGCUUAGAGAUGGAGAUAAAAGUGUUUAUGGUGGGAAAGGUGUUCUUAAUGCUGUCAGGAAUAUUAAUGACAUUUUGGCUCCAAAGCUUCUUGGUGUCGAUGUUAGGAAUCAAGCCGAUGUGGAUGCUAUUAUGCUGGAAAUUGAUGGAACUCCUAACAAGUCAAAGCUUGGUGCUAAUGCAAUAUUGGGAGUUUCACUGAGUGUGUGUAGAGCUGGCGCUGGAGCCAAAGGAGUGCCGUUGUACAGACAUAUACAAGAGAUUUCAGGAACAAAGGAACUUGUCAUGCCUGUACCAGCUUUUAAUGUUAUUAAUGGGGGCAGCCAUGCCGGUAAUAAUCUUGCUAUGCAAGAGUUUAUGAUUCUACCCGUUGGAGCUUCUUCAUUUGCUGAGGCGCUUCGUAUGGGCAGUGAAGUAUAUCAAGUAUUAAAGGGCAUAAUCAAGGCAAAAUAUGGACAAGAUGCUUGUAACGUUGGUGAUGAAGGAGGAUUUGCUCCCAAUGUUCAGGAUAAUAGAGAGGGACUUGUUUUACUAAUAGAUGCCAUUGAGAAGGCUGGUUAUACCGGAAAGAUUAAAAUAGGUAUGGAUGUAGCAGCUUCAGAAUUUUACACUAAGGACAAGAAAUAUGAUUUAAACUUCAAGAAACAGCCAAAUGAUGGAACUCAUGUUCACUCUGCUGAGAGUCUUGGUCAACUUUAUCAAGACUUCGUGAAAGAGUUUCCCAUUGUGUCAAUUGAGGAUCCUUUUGAUCAAGAUGAUUGGAGUUCAUGGGCCUCACUACUCUCUUCAGUUGAUAUUCAACUUGUAGGAGAUGAUUUGUUAGUUACAAAUCCAAAGAGAAUAGCUGAAGCUAUUCAAAAGAAGGCUUGCAAUGGUUUAUUACUAAAGGUUAACCAGAUUGGCACAGUGACUGAAUCUAUUCAGGCUGCACUUGACUCAAAGGCUGCAGGUUGGGGCGUCAUGGUAAGUCAUCGGAGUGGUGAGACUGAGGAUAACUUCAUUGCUGAUCUUUCUGUUGGAUUGGCCAGUGGACAGAUAAAGACUGGUGCUCCAUGCAGAAGCGAACGGUUGGCAAAGUAUAACCAGCUUCUUCGGAUUGAAGAGGAACUUGGAACUGUGCGUUAUGCUGGUGAAGCUUUCAGAUCACCCUAG